CACCGGCCGGCCGGCGCAGGCCCGCGGCGCGCGCGCCUCCUUCCAGCUCUCCCCGCCCCCCGCCCCCCCCGCGGCGCGGGCCGGCCCGCAGGCGGCCAUGGCGGCGGGCGCGGGGGCCUCGGGCCGGCGGGAGCCGCGCUGGCUGAGGGCGCUGGGCGAGCCGCUGGGCGCCGCGCAGCUGCGGCGGCUGGAGGAGCACCGCUACUGCGCGGCGGGCGCCUCGCUGCUGGAGCCGCCGCUGCAGCUCUACUGGACCUGGCUGCUCCAGUGGAUCCCGCUCUGGAUGGCGCCCAACACCAUCACCCUGAUCGGCCUCGCCGUCAACAUGGUCACCACGCUGCUGCUCGUCUCCUACUGCCCCACCGUCACCGAGGAGGCGCCAUACUGGACGUACCUUUUAUGUGCCCUGGGACUCUUUAUCUACCAGUCACUGGAUGCUAUUGAUGGCAAGCAAGCCAGAAGAACAAACUCUUGUUCUCCCUUAGGAGAACUUUUUGACCAUGGUUGUGACUCUCUCUCCACAGUAUUUAUGGCCGUUGGAGCUUCAAUUGCUGUUCGCUUAGGAACUCAUCCUGACUGGUUGUUUUUUUGCUCUUUUAUUGGGAUGUUUAUGUUUUAUUGUGCUCAUUGGCAGACUUACGUUUCAGGAGUGUUGAGGUUUGGAAAAGUGGAUGUAACUGAGAUUCAGGUAGCUUUAGUGAUCGUCUUCGUGUUGUCUACAUUUGGAGGAGCAACAAUAUGGGACUAUACGAUUCCCAUUCUAGAAAUCAAACUGAAGAUCUUUCCAGUUCUUGGAGUAGUCGGUGGAGCGAUAUUUUCCUGUUCAAAUUAUUUCCAUGUUAUCCUCCACGGGGGCGUUGGCAAGAAUGGAUCUACUAUAGCAGGUACCAGUGUCUUGUCACCCGGACUCCACAUAGGACUCAUCAUUAUACUGGCAAUAAUGAUCUAUAAAAAAUCAGCAACUAAUGUGUUUGAAAAGCAUCCUUGUCUUUAUACCCUAAUGUUUGGGUGUGUCUUUGCUAAAAUUGCACAAAAAUUAGUGAUAGCUCACAUGACCAAAAGUGAACUGUAUCUUCAAGACACUGUCUUUGUUGGGCCAGGUCUUUUGUUUUUAGACCAGUACUUUAAUAAUUUUAUAGAUGAAUAUAUUGUUCUAUGGAUAGCAAUGGUCCUUUCUUCAUUUGAUAUGAUGAUAUACUUUAGUUCUUUAUGCCUGCAAAUUUCAAGACACCUUCAUCUAAGUAUCUUCAAGACUUCAUAUCAUCAAGCACCUGAACAGGUUCAAGUUCUUUCUUCAAAGAGUCAUCAGAAUAUCAUGGACUGAAGAGACUUGCGAACACUUGCCAUCUCUUGCUGCUGCUGUUUCAUGAAAGGAGAUAUGAAACAUUUGUUUAAUUUUUAGUUGUUAUACAUAUUUCAGCAAAUAAAAUAUUUCAACGCUUA